ACAAAGAAUCUGGCUUUUGAUCUAGUACCAGACGAGUUCCGUGGCUGCAGUGAUCGGUAUUUACUCCCUGCCGAGCUUCUGGACUGCCGAACCACAUCCCGUCUACGGAGUAUUCAGCUUAGCUUUGUGUCUAUCAUAUUGCCGCCUCGUUUCAAUGGUUUCCCUAAUUUAAGAAAGCUCGAUCUGCACCUGGUACAUGUCACGGCAAAGGAUUUUCAGGAUAUGUUGUCUAGUUGCUCCAAUCUUGAGUGGUUGAGUGUAGUUAGGUGUCACCUUUAUGAUGAACUGAAGGUGGAUCAUCCAUUGUCUUGCCUGCUGCACUUGCAUAUUGCACACUGUGAGAUAACCAAAAUACAAUUCAACGCCAUGAAGCUCAAAACUUUCGUGUAUAGAGGGGAGUGCCUUCCUAUUGACCUCAGUCAAUCUUCAGAGCUGAAAGAUGUGCACCUUUAUCUUGAUGACUUAACUCUUGAUCAUGCUCUCACUACAUUUCCCACUGCACUUCCAACUGUUCAAAGCCUGACACUGAAAGCUCUUGCACCAUUAAAGAUGCCUAGGUUGUUGCUACAGAACCCUGGAAAGUUUUCUCAGCUGAAAUACUUAGAUUUGGAUUUAAUGAUCAUUCAUGAAGAUGCUGGCAACAUUCUCUCUUUAGCCUCUUAUUUGAGAGCGGCUCCUCUUAUCGAAAAGCUUGAGUUGCAUGCCAACUUGAAUUCCUGCUACAUGCCGUGGAAAAUGCCCCUGUGCUCGAGGUUUUAACUCUGGAUCCAGCUUGCAGAUUCAAUGUGGAUCAUCAAGGGCGAACAUAUUUCACAGAGAUGGUUCGUGAGAUUGGCAUAAAACACCUCGGUGAAAGAGUAUUACCAACUACAAAGCUUUGUGUUCUCUAAAGCUUUUUAAUCCCAUGAUAUCGCUGAGCGAUUCU